AUGGGGUAUCUAAAAUCCAUCUUAUUCUGCGUCUUUGUCGCUUUCGGAGGAUUUCUAUUCGGUUAUGACAUCGGUGUCAUAUCAGGAUGUCUCGUCAUGCCCGAUUUCAUUAAUCGCUUUGGCGAACCCACUGGUCCCAAUGGCGAGAUGGUUCUUUCAGCGACUCGGCAGUCACUCAUCACGUCGCUCUUGUCCGUCGGCACGACCAUCGGCGCGCUUGCGCAGGCAUUCACCGCCGAUAGCCUUGGUCGGCGGGCGUCAAUUGCGUUCUGGGCUGGUAUCUUUACGAUCGGUGUCGCUAUCCAGAUCUCAACAACGUAUAGCCUCGGUCAGAUCGUAUUCGGCCGAUUCUUCGCUGGUCUCGGUGUUGGAGCCAUGUCGGCUAUCGUCCCGUUGUACAACGGAGAAGCUGCCCCAAAGAAAAUCCGAGGGGCUCUACUUGCUCUCUACCAAUUCCAGAUCAUGAGCGGGCUCUUCAUCAGCUACUGUAUCGACCUCGGCACCAGUAAUAUCGCAAACUCGGCAUCCUGGCGCAUUCCGGUCGGUAUCCAGAUGUUAUGGGGCCUCAUCUUAAUACUCGCCCUAUUUAUUCUCCCGGAAUCGCCUCGUCAUCUUCUAGGUCUUCAUAGGGAAGACGAGGCUCGUCGGUCGAUCGCAAUCCUGAACAAUGUCCCGAUCGAUGACAUCCUCGUGCACGAGACAAUUGACGAGCUACGCGAGGCUAUUCGCGAAGAGAAUGAGGGAGGCAAAGCCACUUGGAUCGAAUGUUUCUCCCACCGAAACAAACUUUAUUGGCGCACAAUCAAUGGCAUGAUGCUCCAAUUCGUACAACAGCUGAAUGGGCAGAAUUUCUAUUACUAUUAUGGAGAUACUUUCUUCAAGAGCGCAAAUCUCAACAUGAGUGCGUAUGUCAUUCAAGUCAUCCUUGGCGGUGUGUCGGUGGUUGCCACUAUUCCGGGUAUGUAUGUUGUUGAGAAGUGGGGAAGACGAACGUCGCUCCUCGUCGGGGCCUUGUGGCAAGCGGCUUGCGCAAUUAUCGCAGGACUUGUAGGCCACUACACACUUGCUCCCGUCGGCACACCUCCGGACCAGCUUACGGCUCGAAACAUCGCGGGUGGUGACGUCCUGAUUGCCUUUGCGAUCAUCCAUGUUUUCGCCUUUAACAUGUUUUGGGGCCCUGUGCCUUGGGUGUACCUGGGUGAGAGCUUUCCACUGCGUGUACGCCCGAAGGCAAUCGCACUAGGAAGUGCAACAAACUGGGUAUGGAAUUUCCUCCUCGGCUACUUUUCUCCAACGAUUGCGGAUGAAAUCGGCCCCUUAAUCACCAUGGUCUUCUUCGGGAUGCUUAUUUACGGCACCGUCUACGUUUACUUCUUUGUUCCUGAGACCAAAGGCCUAUCACUGGAAGAAGUGGACGAGAUGUAUCGGUCAGGCGUUAAACCUUGGAACUCUGCCAAGUUCAAGCCGCAUGAUCGUCAUCUGCAUGCUAAGGAACAUGGAGAUCUGAACAAACCGGUAGAAUUCGUGCCAGAGACAGAGGAAGGAAGCUUGGGACAGGGAAGCGGAGAGAAAAAGGACUCGGCUAGAGAGGAGACAACGUACGUGGAGAACGCGUAG